ACCUCGUGCUGUGAAAUUCUCUCUCGGCCCCUCCCUGGUUCCCUUCCCCAGGAGAGAAGCGAACAAAGAACGGCCCUUGUUUCUCUGCUCCCCUCGUCACGCCUCCCAAGUCCCAAAGCGACCGCGAGGAGUCCAAGAAGUAAAAGCGCACAAGGCCGCGGGCCGGCAGCCGGCGGGCGUUUGGAGCCAGAGAGGGGCGAGGAGGAAGAGCAGAAGAAGGGGCGCUGGGAUGGCUCGGCGGCCGGCGGCGUGGGAGCAGGGCGGCGACGAGUACGACUACCUCUUCAAGGUGGUGCUCAUCGGGGACUCCGGCGUGGGCAAGUCCAACCUGCUUUCCCGCUUCACCCGCAACAGCUUCGCCCUCGACUCCAAGUCCACCAUCGGCGUCGAGUUCGCCACCCGCACACUCCAGGUGGAGGGGAAGACUAUCAAAGCCCAAAUAUGGGACACAGCUGGGCAGGAGAGGUACCGAGCAAUUACAAGUGCAUACUACCGUGGAGCUGUAGGGGCAUUGCUAGUCUAUGAUGUCACCAAGGUAAUGACAUUUGAGAAUGUGAAGCGGUGGCUAAAGGAGCUUCGAGAUCAUGCUGACUCCAACAUUGUUAUCAUGCUCAUUGGCAACAAGAUUGACCUCAGGCAUCUCCGUUCUGUUGCGGUUGUGGAUGCAGCAAGCUUUGCAGAGAGUGAAGGCCUGUUCUUUAUCGAGACUUCUGCUCUUGACGCAACAAACGUCGAGAAGGCUUUUCAGACCGUGCUCGCUGAGAUAUACCGAAUCAUCAGCAAGAAGCCCUUGUCAUCUGAGUCAUCUGGAACAGGGUCUGGUAACAUUAGAGAGGGACAAUCCAUUCAAGUGUCAGCCACAAAUUCCAGCAGUUUCACAUUGCGGUGCUGCUCAUCUUAGAUGAUCAUCUACACGGUAAUUCUUGAGGUGUGCUCAUAUGUUCACUCAAUGUAAGAAGAACAAAUGUGGAGUUCGGACGCUGACUACUUGACCUGCAUAGUUAUGUUACACUGGUAGCUGCUGUCGGAGGAUUUGUGUAUUUUUCUAGCUGAGAUGAAAACUCUGUACCGCGAGCGCGUUGCUCUUACACACUGGACAAGUUUUCAUAUAAUUUGCAAAUAUAUUUUUUGUUCGGUUGACUA